AAAUCGCGCUCAUCCCAUAUUUUUUUGGGGUGUGAAAAUUUACUUAUCGUAUCGAUGCAAAUCAAGAUUCAAGUUGCCUCCCUUCACUAACAGGAGCUCGCCCCGAAGCUCGCGGGCCCCAUUAACAACUGCCUUGGGGGUCCAAUUUAUGAGCCACCAUUCUUCCCCGCUGCCCAUAUUUAUAAUUUGGUUUAGGUAUCGGUCUCUUUGAGGACUCCGCCGGCUCAGUCACUGCCAUUCACCUCCCCGGCGCUACUUCUCCAUCUCUCGAAGCAGGAGGAAAUGGGUGAAGCGAAGCCCAAGAGUCAGUCUGGCGUCUGGAGUACUGUUAAGCCUUUCGUCAAUGGCGGAGCGUCCGGCAUGCUCGCCACCUGCGUCAUCCAGCCCAUCGAUAUGGUCAAGGUUAGAAUCCAGCUGGGACAAGGAUCCGCGCUUCAGGUUACGAAGAACAUGCUCGCUCAAGAGGGUGUCCGUGCUUUCUACAAGGGUCUUUCAGCUGGGCUAUUAAGGCAAGCAACAUACACAACUGCACGACUUGGAUCAUUUAGGGUACUGACAAACAAAGCUACGGAGGCUAACGAAGGGAAGCCUUUGCCGCUCCUUCAGAAAGCUGGUAUUGGGUUGGCAGCUGGAGCUAUAGGCGCAUGUGUUGGUAGUCCAGCUGAUCUUGCACUCAUCCGCAUGCAGGCUGAUGCAACUUUACCACCAGCACAACGCAGAAAUUACACAAAUGCCUUCCAUGCACUCUUUCGUAUUUCUGCCGACGAAGGGGUUCUUGCACUCUGGAAAGGUGCGGGUCCAACGAUAGUGAGGGCAAUGGCAUUGAACAUGGGCAUGCUUGCCUCUUAUGAUCAGAGCGUGGAAUUUUUCAGGGAUUCACUUGGUUUUGGAGAAAUUAGCACAGUUCUAGGGGCCAGUGCUGUUUCAGGAUUCUUUGCUUCUGCCUGUAGCUUGCCCUUCGACUAUGUGAAAACACAGAUCCAGAAAAUGCAGCCAGAUGCCUCUGGGAAAUAUCCCUAUAGCGGAUCUUUGGACUGUGCGAUGAAGACCCUUAAGAGCGGAGGGCCUUUCAAAUUUUACACUGGAUUUCCAGUUUACUGCGUUAGAAUUGCUCCUCAUGUCAUGAUGACAUGGAUAUUCUUGAAUCAAAUUCAGAAGAUCCAGAAAUCUGCGGGGCUCUAGGAACUUUAUUUUACUUCUAUAUCCAUAUUAAUUUUUGUCCAGAGAUUCCGGCUUUUUUGAACUGUACCUGAGCCUGUUUUAGGGUCUUAGUUGCCCAUUUAAUCUGUUGGCAGCAAUCGGCUGACUCUAAAGAGAAAAAAAGGAAAUGUAAUCCUCUGUUGCUGAAUUUUUGUCUGGUUUUUUGUUGAAAAUUUUUUGCUGAUUUUUUAUUUCUUAUCUCUAUUAAUGGUACAUUUUUGUGGGUAAAGAUACAGUACAUCUUAUGAUCUACCUGACUUGUUGAAUUAUCAUGAAACAUCUUAUCUUUUCAUAA